CACUGGCUCUCACACUGGCUGGUAGCACUUCUACUCAGGAUUGUCUUAUUCUUGGAGACAGAAACUGGCGCGAGACGAAAGGGUUCUUUUGGUUCUGUUCAGUUCUUCCAUAAAAGAAGUUUCAAAGAUGAUUGAGGAUUUAGGAAGUUGUCCCAGUAUCAUCCAGGCAGGGAGCAGCAGAGGAUCCUGGGACAGAACCCGGCUGAAGAUCCCGGGUGAGGAGGACACCCUUAGCUCACUUGUUGAGCACCAGCAGUUCAGGCAUUUCCACUACCAAGAGGCCGAAGGACCCCGAGAGGUAUGCAGCAGACUCCACCGUCUUUGCCACAAGUGGCUGAUGCCAGAGCGACACACUAAGACUCAGAUCCUGGACCUGGUGAUCUUGGAGCAGUUCCUGGCUGUCCUUCCACUGGAGAUGGAGAGCUGGGUGAGGGAGUGUGGAGCAGAGACCAGCUGUCAGGCUGUGGCCCUGGCCGAAGGUUACCUCCUGAGUCAGGCAGAGGAUGAGAAGCAGAGAAGCCAGCAGGGGAAAGAUCUGUUUGCAAAAAUGGACGUUGAUUUCUCCGAGUGGGAGAGGACUCCAUCAGACCCCAGACAGAGGCCACUGGGUGACGGGCUGAUGCUGGCAAGACCUCCUAAGCCAUCUCCUCUUCACAGCGGAGGGGAAGCAGCUUCUGUGGCACAAGAUCAGGAUUCAGUGUCCUUUGAAGAUGUUGCUGUGUAUUUCACAGACGAGGAGUGGGCGCUGCUGGAUCCUGAUCAGAGAGCUUUGCAUAACGAAGUCAUGGAGGAGAAUUGUGGGAUCAUGGCCUCUCUCAAAGGUAACAAAUUGAAAACAACAAACCAUGAGACAAUUCACACAGUGGAGGAGCCAUCUAAAUAUUUAGAGUGCAAGGAGAUCCUGAUUCAGAAUUCCCAUGAAAGAACUGCUAGCAGGGAAAAACCAUAUCACUGUUUGGAAUGUGGGAAGGGAUUCAAGUGGAAGAAAAGUCUCACUUCGCAUCAAAUAAUUCAUACAGGGGAGAAGCCAUUUGAAUGCUUGGAAUGUGGUAAGAGCUUCAGCUGGAAGGAAAGUCUCACUUCCCAUCAAAGAAUCCAUACAGGAGAGAAACCACAUCAGUGCUUGGAAUGUGGGAAGAGCUUUAAUGCAAGCAGAAACUUGCGCCGCCAUCAAAGAAUUCACAGUGGGGAGAAACCAUAUCAGUGCUUGGAAUGUGGGAAGAGCUUUACUAGAAGCACGAGCUUCCGUUGUCAUCAAAGUAUCCACAGCGGAGAAAAGCCAUAUCAGUGCUUGGAAUGCGGCAAAAGCUUUACGAGAAGCAUAUACUUCCAUCAUCAUCAAACAAUGCACAGUGGGGAGAAACCGUAUCAAUGCUUAGAAUGUGGAAAGAGCUUCCGCUGCAAGAGAAGUCUCAUUUCCCAUCAACAAAUUCACAUAGGGGUGAAAUCAGACUUGUUAGCGCACCUAUUUAGGACAGAGAGAAAUUGGCAGAAGCCAAAAGGGAGUCUCUCCGGACCUGUUAGAAGCUUCUGUGAAAGAAAUAUGGAUAAGGAAGACUCAGUUGCCCCUGGAGCAGGAAGAGGACAUGAGCCCAUCAAGACUGGGAGCAGUGGAGGAUUCUGGGAAGAAACAGUGCAGAAGAUGCUGGGCAAAGAGGACAAGCUCAACUCGUUCGUACAAUGCCAGCGUUUCAGGCAUUUCUGCUACCAGGAGGCUGUGGGGCCUCGAGAGGUUUGCAGCCAACUCCACCGUUUUUGCCAUCAGUGGCUCAAUCCAGAGCAGCACACGAAAAAUCAAAUGCUUGACCUGGUCAUCCUGGAGCAGUUCCUUACUGUUCUUCCACCAGAGAUGGAGAGCUGGGUGAAGGAGUGUGGAGCAGAGACCAGUUCCCAGGCGGUGGCCCUGGCUGAAGGUUUCCUCCUGAGCCAGGCAGAGGACAAGAAGCAGGAAGAGCAGAAGGUAAAGGAUCUGUUUACAGAAGUAAGCGCUGGUCUUCCUGAGGCAGAGAGCUCCCCACUGAAUACCAGACAGAGGCCACCGGGUGACCAAACAAUGCCAGUAAAACCUCAACAACCACUUCACGGUGGAAGGGAAGCAGCUUCUUUGACGCUGGAUCAGGGUCCUGUGACCUUUGAAGAUGUGGCUGUGUAUUUCACAGACGAAGAGUGGGCGCUGCUAGAUUCCAACCAGAGAGCUCUGCAUAACAAGGUCAUGGAGGAGAACUGUGGGAUCAUGACCUCUCUCAAAGGUGAUGAACUGGAAAUGAAGAUUAAGGAAGACCACAACAAACUCCUCACAGUGGAGAAUCCAUGUAAAUAUCUAGAGUGUGGAGGGAGCCUUGGCCAGAGUCUCCAUCUUUACAGAGGGGAGAAACCAUAUAAGUGUUUGGAAUGUGGAAGGAGCUUCACUUGGAAGAAAAGCCUCACCUCUCAUCAAAGAAUUCAUGCAGGGGAGAAACCACAUCAAUGCUUGGAAUGUGGAAAGAAGUUUUAUACAAGCACAAAUUUCCACCGUCAUAGAAGAAUUCACAGUGGGGAGAAACCAUUUCAGUGUUUGGAGUGUGGUAAGAGCUUUAACAGAAGCACAAACUUCCAUCGUCACCGUGUUAUUCACAGUGGGGAGAAACCAUUUCAGUGUUUGGAGUGUGGAAAGAGCUUUGUCCGGAAGAGUGAUAUCACUUCCCAUCAAAGAAUUCACACUGGGGAGAAACCAUAUAAAUGUUUGGAAUGUGGAAAGAGCUUUAUUCAGAACUCCCAGCUCACUUCCCAUUUAAGAAUUCAUACAGGGGAGAAACCAUAUCAAUGUCUAGAAUGUGGAAAGAGCUUCAACAAAAGCACAAACUUCCAUUCUCAUCAAAAAAUCCACAGCGGGGAGAAGCCCUAUCAGUGCUUGGAAUGUGGAAACACAUUCCGCCAGAAGAAAAAUCUCACUUCCCAUCAAAGAAUUCACAGCGGGGACAAACCAUAUCACUGCCUGGAAUGUGGAAAUAGUUUCCGUCACAGCAUUGGACUUACUAUACAUCAGAGAAGCCACACAGGAGAGAAACCAUAUAAAUGCUUGGAAUGUGGAAAGAGCUUCUGCAAUAGCUUAAGCUUUAUUAUACAUCAGAGAAGCCACACAGGAGAGAAACCAUAUAAAUGCUUCGAAUGUGGGAAGAGCUUCAGUCAAAGCUCCAAACUCACUUCCCAUCAAAGAAUUCACACAGGGGAGAAACCCUAUAAGUGCUUGGAGUGUGGGAAGAGCUUCCAUCAGAAGUCAAAUCUUACUUCCCAUCAAAGGAUUCAUACUGGGGAGAAACCAUAUAAAUGCUUAGAAUGUGGGAAAGGCUUUAGCUGCAAGAAAAGUCUCACUUCCCAUCAAAGAACCCAUACUCACAAAGGGCAGAAACCAUUUAAAUGUAUGGAAUGUGGAAAGAGGUUUAGUCAGAAUGGGCACCUUAGAACUCAUCAACGGACUCACACAGGGGAGAAACCAUUUAAGUGCAUGGAGUGUGGAAAGAGCUUCACUGGGAGUGGAGAACUUAGAAUUCAUCAUCGGACUCACACAGGGGAGAAACCAUUUAAAUGCAUGGAGUGUGGAAACAGCUUUAGUCAGAGUGGACACCUUAGAACUCAUCAACGGACUCACACGGGGGAGAAACCAUUUAGGUGCAUAGAAUGUGGAAAGAGCUACAGUCGGAGUGAACAUCUUAGAAUUCAUCAACAGAUUCACACGGGGGAGAAACCAUUUAAAUGUAUGGAAUGUGGAAAGAGCUUCAGUCAGAGUGGAGUCCUUAGAAUUCAUCAACGGUCUCACACAGGGGAGAAACCAUUUAAAUGUAUAGAGUGUGGAAAAAUCUUCACUGGGAGUAGAGACCUUAGAACUCAUCAACGGACUCACACAGGGGAGAAACCAUCUAAAUGCAUGGAGUGUGGGAAGAGCUUUAGUCAGAGUGGACACCUUAGAAUUCAUCAACGGACUCACACGGGGGAGAAACCAUUUAAAUGCAUGGAGUGUGGAAAGAGCUACAACCAGAGUGGAUACCUUAGAAUUCAUCAACACACUCACACAGGCGAGAAACCAUUUAAAUGUAUGGAGUGUGGAAAGAGCUUCAUUCGGAAUGGAGACCUUAGAAUUCAUCAACGGACUCACACAGAGGAGAAACCAUUUAAAUGCAUGGAGUGUGGAAAGAGCUUUAGACGGAGUGGACACCUUAGAAUUCAUCAACGGACUCACACGGGGGAGAAACCAUUUAAAUGCAUUGAGUGUGGAAAGAGCUACACCCAGAACUGCAACCUUAGAGUUCAUCAACGGACUCACACAGGGGAGAAACCAUUUAAAUGUAUGGAAUGUGGAAAAAGCUUCAGUCACAGUGGAAGCCUUAGAAUUCAUCAACGGACUCACACAGGGGAGAAACCAUUUAAAUGCAUGGAAUGUGGAAAGAGCUUCAGUCAGAGUGGAGAACUUAGAAUUCAUCAACGGACUCACACAGGGGAGAAACCAUUUAAAUGCAUGGAGUGUGGAAAGAGCUUCACUGUGAGUGGACGCCUUAGAAUUCAUCAACGGACUCACACGGGAUUGAAACCAUUUAAAUGCAUGGAAUGUGGAAAGAGCUUCAGUCAGAGUAGAGACCUUAGAGUUCAUCAACGGAUUCACACAGGGGAGAAACCAUUUAAAUGCAUGGAAUGUGGAAAGAGCUUCAGUCAGAGUGGAGGCCUAAGAAUUCAUCAACGGAGUCACACAGGGGAGAAACCAUUUAAAUGUAUGGAGUGUGGAAAGAGCUUCAUUCAGAGUGCAGACCUUAGAAUUCAUCAACGGAGUCACACAGGGGAGAAACCAUUUAAAUGCAUUGAGUGUGGGAAAAGCUUCACUGGGAGUGGACAACUCAGAAUUCAUCAACGGACUCACACGGGGGAGAAACCAUUUAAAUGCAUGGAGUGUGGAAAGAGCUUUAGUCGCAGUGGACAUCUUAGAAUUCAUCAACGCAUUCACACAGGGGAGAAACCAUUUAAAUGCAUGGAGUGUGGAAAAAGCUUCACUGAGAGUGGAUACCUUAGAAUUCAUCAACGGACUCACACGGGGGAGAAACCAUUUAAAUGCAUGGAGUGUGGAAAGAGCAUUAGUCGCAGUGGACACCUUAGAAUUCAUCAACGCACUCACACAGGGGAGAAACCAUUUAAAUGCAUGGAGUGUGGAAAGAGCUUCACUGUGAGUGGACACCUUAGAAUUCAUCAACGGACUCACACAGGGGAGAAACCUUUUAAAUGCAUGGAGUGUGGAAAGAGCUUCACUGGGAGUGGACACCUUAGAAUUCAUCAACGGACUCACACAGGGGAGAAACCAUUUAAAUGCAUGGAGUGUGGAAAGAGCUUCACUGGGAGUGGACACCUUAAAAUUCAUCAACGGACUCACACAGGGGAGAAACCAUUUAAAUGCAUGGAGUGUGGAAAAAGCUUCACUGUGAGUGGACACCUUAGAAUUCAUCAACGGACUCACACAGGGGAGAAACCAUUUAAAUGCAUUGAGUGUGGAAAGAGCUUUACUGGGAGUGGAGAACUUAGAAUUCAUCAACGGACUCACACAGGGGAGAAACCAUUUAAAUGCAUGGAGUGUGGAAAGAACUUCACUGUGAGUGGACACCUUAGAAUUCACCAACGGACUCACACGGGGUUGAAACCAUUUAAAUGCAUGGAAUGUGGAAAGAGCUACAACCAGAGUGGACACCUUAGAAUUCAUCAACGGACUCACACAGGGGUGAAACCAUUUAAAUGCAUGGAAUGUGGAAAUAGCUUCACUGGGAGUGGACAACUCAGAAUUCAUCAACGGACUCACACGGGGGAGAAACAUGGUAAAUGCAGGGAAUGUGGAAAGAGCUUCAGUCAGAGUGGAACACUUAAAAUUCAUCAACGGAGCCACAGGGGGGAGAAACCAUUACAAUGUACGGAGUGUGGAAAGAGCUUCAGUCGGAGUGGACGUCUUACAAAACAUCAACAAAGUCAUACAGGGUGCUAGGGAAGUGGAUAGAGGUUCAGUUGUGGUGGAAGUAUUUCAAACCAUCAAAAAACUCAGAGUGUUAAGAGUGGAAACUCUGCAAGCCAUCAAGUAACUCAAAGAAGAGAAACUGUUUGAAUAGAAGGAGUGAGGAAUCUGCUUUGGUUAUUAUGGAAUGCUAUCCAAAACAUCUACCGACUUCCAUGGGGUGGAACAAUUUAGAGUGCAGAACAUGUUUCUCGCCGAGUUGACACUUUCCUUUACAUCAGUAACAGGAAAUCAAUCUUAAAUGCAUGCAGCGUAUGUGAUUUCUUGUUGUUUGUAGGUAACGUUGUCUAGACAUGUAUUUAAAGUAAUGAAGGUAACAUUUCCCCAUAGUAAGCAUAAUAUAAUAUUUACCGGUAAUGUACUGUUUGUUUGUUUCUCUUAAUGAUGCCUUAGCUUUUGCCGCUCUUUCAUUGCCAAAUAUGGGGGAGGAUGUUGGGAUAUUUGUACAGCACGAGCUGCAAAAGCCGCAGCGAGGCUGAUGUGAUGUGUGUCUUUCUGUAGCCAGUGAGAAAGCCAGUAGUCCUAUCUGCUUUCUCACACAUGUGGUGUUAUUGUACACUGUACUUUCAGUUCUGGCUCGCCAAGAUGCUAGACGGUCUUUAUGGACAGCUCUCUGACUUACUGAGCUGGAAGCAGAGACAUACUCUGCAAUUGCCUACAAUAAAUAGUUUAGCCUAA